AUGAAAAUGGCUCAAAAACAUGAAAAUAAAUUAGAACUUGAAUAUGGAAAUUUGGAACGUAAACUGAUAUCAAAAUCGAAAUGGAAUGAUCGUGCUGCUCGACAAUCUCUCUGUAUUAAACCGACGACAAGCACUAAUGGAGGAGCAGAUGUUUCUUCCAUUGAUAAUUGGUUACAACAUGAACGAGAAAAAGCACAAAAGAUAAUUCAAUCUAAACAAUCAGCAAAUGAACAUAUUCGUCGUUUUUCUGUUUCACCGAAUGCAAAACCGACUGGUGGUAGCAGAAGAAAAGCUUCGACAACUCAACCCAUGACAUACGUUCGAAAAAUAUCAACAACAACAUAA